AUGCAAUGCCAAAUCUCAAUUCUCAAGUUUUCAAUUGAAAUAUUCUUCAAGAAUCUUGAUUUGGACAUGAAGACAGGGUUAGGAAAAUUGAAGGAAACCCUUAUUUCUGUUGCUUCACCUCAACAAAAUACUGUAAAUCAAGGUGAAUUACCACAUAUAUUAUACCAGGAAUGUCCAAAAGGACAUAGCAGUGGUGGUAUAAACUUCUGGGAUGCAUCAUCUCCACUUUUGAUUCCAAUUGUAUCAUUUAAUCAACAAAGUGAAGAUGAUCAGACUUUAAGUGGUGUUCCACUGACUGCAUUGUGUUAUGAUAUGGAAACAUGCCUCCUCAUAUCUGGAGAUCAAACUGGAACAGUUAGAAUUUAUAAAUUUAAACCUGAGCCAUAUGCCAUAGAGAGCAGUUUUUUGUCCUUACAAGCAAGUUCAAAGAAAGGAAGCAAUAUUGUUCAAAGUGUUAAACUUGUGAAGGUGAAUGGAGCAGUGGUUUCAAUAACUACAAGUCAUGACUCUAAACAUAUUGCUGUGGGGUCAGAUCAAGGAUAUGUUUCGGUGAUUGACAUUGGAGGAGCAACUGUGUUAUAUGAAAGGCGAAUAGCGAGUGAGAUCUCGACAGCUGUCAUCUCUCUGCAAUUUGGGAUGUGUAGUUUGCAUGGAUUUGAGAAAAGUGUGUUAAUGGCAGCAACAAAGGAUUCAUCAGCUUGGGCACUUGAAUGUGAAACAGGAAAUAUUCUCAAUAAUGGAUCAGUUCAUCCUAAAAAACCUUCUAAAGCUCUUUUAAUCCAAAUGUUAGAUGAGCAAGGGACAGCUGGCAGAGGAUCUAAUGCAUCUAAGGGUAUAAUAGGAAAUUCGUUUGAUGAUGGGGUAGUGAAGGAGUCAUUGCUACUAUGUUCUGAGAAAGCUGUUUACGUGUAUUCACUUUCACAUGCUGUUCAGUAUUUAUCAUUCUGGGCAAUGUUUCUCCAACUGACAGGUGUUCGAUAUGAAUUUGGAGCAGCGAUAUUUUGGAGUCAAAUUGUACGUUUUCGUGGUGAAUUUGCCCUACACUUUCUUAUACCCACAGGCAAGCUUUUCAGGCCAUCAAUUAGAUGUAGCUCUGAUGAAACUGUUGCUUCUCGUAUGGCUACAAAUGAAAUUCAAUUCUUUGAUUUUUCAAAAGGCAUGGUGCAUAAGAUUAGAAUUCCUGGAAUAGCUGCAGUAGAGCUUUCUAAGCAACCUGGAUCCCAUGAUGCUGUAUUUGUUCCAGAAUCUAAGGAAAAGAAGGACCUGUACAUGAUGUUCAAUGGUCGUAUUCAGGGAAAGAAUUUGCAAUUGUUUAUGGAUAUAAGAAACUCUCAAUACCAUGGUUUGAAUAAUGCAAGUGAAUCCUUUGAACAUGCCAUACAACGUGUUAUUGAUGACAACCUUGAGUUGGGAUGUGCAUCAACUGAGAAGCUACUGUUAUGGGUGUUUUAUGAAUGUCCAAAAGCACUGAAGAUGAGUGAUGCAAGAGUAAUAUUAUUGUCUGCUCUUCACAAUGUCAUUCAGAUUUUAUCCAAUUGCUACAAUCCACCUGAGUCGCUUGUUGACCGGUUUAACUGGUGUCUGCUAUUUAAUGACUGGUUUUCCACUUUUCACAGCGGAAGUGGACAGAGGGUUUCUCUUUGCCGUUUUCUUCCACCAUUUGUUUCCCAAUUUCAGAUCUUGAGGAUGUUGUCACCUGAAACCAUGGUGGGCCCCUUCAAACCCCAACCUCAUCCGGGAACCAACAUCUCCAAAGGUUAA